GAGCGCAUUCCUGCACAGCGCUCACAGCGGAGGACAAGCCGCGGUGAAACCAGACCACAACGCCUCACAGGGGCUGGGAGCUCACCUAAAACCUCAAAUUGGAGGUGGAGGAAGUGCUGGGUGUCGCCUGAGCAUAGCGGUUACAUGUGCAGCAACCUCGGCUGAGGGUAACGUUCCGUGUUCGAGCACUGUAGCCGCGAUGUCGGAGUUUCUGGUGAGUCUGUUCGGGGAGCGGCUCGUCAACAGCGAGAAAGCCGAGGUGGAUGUGCAGUCGCUGGGCGCCAAGCUAUCCCUGGUCGGGCUCUUCUUCGGAUGCAGCCUGAACGCCCCGUGCAAGCAGUUCAACGGCAGCCUGUGCGAGUUUUACAGCAGGUUCAAAAAGGCGUCUGAACAUAAAGACAAAUUGGAAAUCGUCUUCAUCUCGUCUGAUCAGGACCAGAAACACUGGCAAGACUUUUUGCAGGAGAUGCCAUGGCCUGCCUUACCUUUCAAAGACAGACACAAAAAGAUGAAGCUGUGGAACAAAUACAAAGUAACUAGUAUCCCAUCUCUGGUGUUUGUGGACGCAGCAACGGGGAAGGUGGUGUGUCGAAAUGGUCUACUGGUGGUCAGAGAUGACCCUAAAGGCCUGGAGUUCCCCUGGGGGCCAAAGCCAUUUGCGGAGGUGGUGGCAGGGCCUCUGCUCAGGAACAACAGGCAGACAACAGACAGCAGCUCUCUGGAAGGCCACUAUGUGGGCGUCUACUUCUCAGCACACUGGUGCCCGCCAUGCCGCAGUUUGACCAGAGUCUUGGUGGAAUCAUAUCGAACCGUCAAAGAGUCGGGUCAGAAGUUUGAGAUCGUGUUUGUCAGCGCCGACAGGUCAGAGGAGUCCUUUAUGCAGUAUUUCAGCGAGAUGCCGUGGUUGGCGGUGCCAUAUUCAGACGAGGCUCGGCGGUCACGACUCAACAGACUUUAUGGAAUACAAGGUAUUCCCACACUGAUUCUGCUAGACACAGAGGGUCACAUGAUCACGCGACAGGGCCGCGUGGAGGUGCUGAACGACCCAGAGUGCCGGCUCUUUCCCUGGCACCCUCGGCCCGUGCUGGAGCUUAGCGAGUCCAACGCUGUGCAGCUCCACGAGGGGCCCUGCCUCGUCCUGUUUGUGGACGCUGAAGAGGAAGGUGAAUUGGAGCCAGCAAAGGAGCUGAUUCAGCCAAUUGCGGAGAAGCUUAUGGCCAAGUACAAAGCCAAGGAGGAGGAGAUGCCGCUGCUGUUCUUUGUGGCUGGAGAGGACGACAUGAGUGACUCCCUGCGGGACUACACUAACCUCCCAGAAGCAGCUCCUCUUCUCACCAUCCUGGACAUGUCGGCCCGUGCCAAGUAUGUUCGCGACGUAGAAGAGAUCACGCCGGCCGAAGUGGAGCAAUUUGUCGGUGAUUACCUGGCUGAAAAGCUCAAACCAGAGCCCAUCUAAAGAGGAAGUCCAAAUAUAAGUCGGACAUACUAUAUGGGACUCAGUCCAUCAUCAAACCCCGGCCUGUUGCUACCCCCCCCCCCCCCCCCACCCCCACACACACACACUGUCUCUCCUGCCUCCCCCCUGACUUUGUCUGUCUGUCACUUUUUACUGACAUUUUAAUAUUUUUUUAAGACAUGUUCCUCUCUUUUUCCUGUGGUGCCUUGCAUUGACGAUAGUCCCUACAGUAAUAUAGAUAAUAUAUAUAUAUAUAUAUAUAUAUUAUCUAUAUUACUUCUGUUCGUUCCUUUUUUUGGCCUUAAGUCACUCCAUAGCAUUUCUGAACUCUAGAGAAAAUGAGAGAAUUACUCAGUGGACCUACUUACUCAGCUGAUUCUUUGCUUUCUGUUUUUUCUGCGUGAUCUUUGUUACUUUUGGUUUCUGAAUGAUGUUGAGAAAGAAUAAAAUGCAUUUUUACAGUUGUAAUUCACAUGUAGUGCAAAUGUGCUAAACCUCAGCUGGAUGUAGCCGUAAGCCUUUAUGGCUCUAUUUAAAGAAAAAAACAAACCGGUGCACAUACAGUAAAGAUCCAUUAUACUUGCUUGUAUUAGACCAAUGACUGAUGUUUUAAAAACCCGUGUCUUGUUGUGGGUGUUCUGAUGUGAGUGAAAGUCAUCUCUUGUUGACGGUGGUUCUCAUCUCAAAGUCAUGAGGAUUUUCUGUGAAGAUCCCUAAUGAAAAGGCCUGAAGGAGCAGAAAUGUGUUCGAAAAGUGUUGACUGUAGAAAUCCCUGUAUUCUGUUACUUCAGUAGACUUGUCACACCCAUUAAAAAUUCACUGGCAAGCACAAAGUUUUGCUGCUUUUGAGUUCUAUAAUAAAGUUAUUUCUUGGAUAUGUAAAAUACA